CUAAAACCAUAGGAUAACAUAGAGCUUAGAAUAUCCUACUUCUGAGAAAUCAAAUGAUAAGAAGGAAUCAACACGCAUAUAUAGGACAAUCAGUAGUAAUCACUACCCUAAGAAUCUCUUUGCAAUCGUCAGGAAACAAAGCAAUGAGCUUUAUCACCUUUGGGAUAAGCAAUAAGACGCCUGUACAAAAAACAAACAAAGUCCCAUCUAAAACUUAAAUUCCACAAAAAAAAAAAAAAAAAAAGGAUGAAAUUGUUUGAAAUCGUUUCUCCAUUUUACCAAUCGCAGCCCGCGACAGUGAAGAAGCAAGAGUAGCAACACUUCUCUUUCAAAGAUGAGAUAUUUUCCAAAAAUCCCAAUUGAAAUUUCUUCACCAUUUCCUUACCAGAGCACGAAAAGGUACGUGAAGCUCGUAAAGCAGUAUAUGAAUCGCAACAAUUUUGCUUCCAAAUCCAGUAUGGUAGUGUUUAUGCUUUAACUUCCAUCAUCCUCUAUGUCCUCAUCAUCUCUGUGACUCUGUAAUGCUUGCUAGCUUGCUAAGGCACUAGGCAUCGACCCGAGAUUAAACCAAACCAAACCAAACCAAACUUUGAUUUAAUCUAAUUUAAACCGAAUUGAAGUCAGUUCGUUUUGGGUAUCUUUUCUGAGCAGAACGAAAUCGUAAUUGAACCAAACUCGAUUCUAAACCAAAAGCUUUUUUUGAAUAUUCAAAAUACACAGUUGUCUAUGUUAAAAGAAAGACACGUGUCCAUGACACAUGUGAUGUGUCAAUCCAAAAUCCACUCUCAAACAUCUGUUAACACUCUUCAUCUUCCACCUACUCGAUAGCAUUACGUAACAAACAAUCUAUUAUUAUUAUACAUAUAUCAAAGUUUAGUGGCUAGAGCCUAACAAAUAACCAUACAAUAAAGAAAACGUUAGGGAGAAAAAAAUGGAGACGUACGUUGAUGCGAUUGGAGAGGACACGGCAGCCACAACAACGACGGAGACGGAUACAAAUAAGAACAAGAAGAAGUUGAAAGUGAUGGUUGCGAUUGAUGAAAGCAAAAACAGCUUCGAUGCUUUGGAAUGGGCUGUGGAUCAUCUCAGAGUUGUUAUUAGCGCUGAACCGGAAACUGGUCAAGAAGGCGGUUUACUUACGCUGGUUCAUGUUCACCCAACGUACCUUCAAUAUAUCUACCCUUCUGGUGGAACUGAUUCUGUGCCCGAACCAAUGAGGAAAGCACGGGAAGAGAGUACGACCAACUUAUUCACACGGGCAUUGGAGAUAUGCCGAGGCAAAAUGGUGAAGACAGAGACUAUGAUAUUGGAAGGAGAUCCUAAGGAGAUGAUAUGCCAAGCGGUCGAGCAAACUCACGUUGAUCUUCUUGUUGUUGGUAGCCGUGGACUCGGCAUGAUCAAAAGGGCGUUUUUAGGGAGUGUAAGUGACUACUGUGCCCAACAUGCAAAAUGUCCAAUUCUCAUUGUGCGGCCGUCUCUAGGCAAGAGCAAGUGAGGAAGGAAACCAUGUUAUGAUCGCUUCUAUUUCAUUCUGUUUGUACUCCGUAGAGGGAAAAAAAUGUGCCGCCAAUAAACGAUAAGAUAUCCGAACUUAAUACAGUGUAAAAAAGUUACCUACUCUGAAACAGGUAUAGAUUUUGUUUUAUAUAAAAUUGAAACCGACCU